AUGUCUGAUUCGUGUUGGAAGACCUACCUGGAACGCGCGGCUUCCGCACCACUUACUGUGAAAAGCCGAUGGCACCGCACUCGCGACAGUCGUCGACAUGAUGUUAAGGCCAACUUCCAGCAAAUUCAACACUACGAUCUCCAGAUCUCUCCUUUGGACACCGAGAUCCUCGACCAAGCUCUUCCAGAGGACGCUCCGAACCUACACUCCCUGAUCGUCGAAUGUGACGAAGACUUGAUGGAAUAUCAUGAGCGGUAUGGCAACGAGUGGAGCUCAUCUUUGAACAACUUUUUAUUCGACCUCGCCCCUGCUUUGCAAUCGCUACAUCUUGGUCUCCUGCAGUUCCCAUGGGGAAUGCACUCGACGACCCUUCGUGUAUUGCGCCUCUCUACCUACACCUACAAUCAUGACAUCUCCGAUGAUGAAAUGGCCCACCACGAGUUUGAUUACGUUCUAGAGACGCUCCGGGGAAUGGCUUGCCUGGAAGUACUUGAGCUUCAAGGCGACAUCCUCUUCAGGCCUCCAUCGCACACACCUACUCCCAGCGUAUCAUCCUCCCUUCGCGAACUGUCUUUGAACGGCACAAUGUCUCGCAUAGGUUAUGUACUGGCCGCAUACAAAGCCAGCCCCAACUUGUAUGUCCAGCUCAUAUCAAGAGAGCACUAUGAUGAACGAGAUCUGGAGAUCAUCCCCGAAACGAUGGAGGACUGGACCAGUGACUGCGCACUUGCUGCAGACAUUCUUCAUAGCCAUCUUCCGAGCCGUCACCCUGAAGAACCACCCUAUCUCACGGCGCUGCAACUCGUGUACAGGGGCGUCUUCUAUGGGAUAUCCCUACGACUCGGGCACGUCCCGUUCUCUCCGCUUGACCCGUACCCUAAGACGACCGAAGAACGCACUACCCAUCCCUCACUCAAUAUAGACGUUUCUCCACAGAAGCCGCACGCUCGUGACGCAACGUCUCUUCACGCCAAAACGCUGAAGCUCGCACGCGGCAUUCCGGAUACAUAUGUUGGACAUCUCCGACAUCUGACGCUCUCUGGCUUGUACUGGCCGCACAAUGACGUUGUUGCAUACUUCGAGCAUGCCAAGUCUGUCGAGUCGUUGUCGAUGUAUGCAUUCGCGGAGUUCACCGGAAACGACAAGAUGGCCCGCAAUGCUGCUUCGUUCCUCACCUCUCUCAUCUGCACUAUGACUGCCCAGUCUGACGUUGUUCCCUCGGAACCCCACAAGCCGCAACUUCUACCCGCUCUCCGCGAUCUGCACAUCAGCGGCAUAUCGUUUGCCUACGAGGUCGAACACGAUGGACGUGAUACAACAUUGGACACAGCCUUGACCGCUGGUCUCACCAUGCGUCUGCAGAGUGGCCACGGCCUGGAAACCCUUCAGCUCGAGGAUUGCCGUGAUCUUGAGAGAAAUGUCGCCGAUCUCUGGGCCAGUAUCGUGGCCCAAGUUACUCAGACAAGCAAAGAAGAGUAA